UGAUAUAGUCGUCCGAUUUUGAUAAAAUUUAAUUCGAAAUUCAAAACUAUUAAAAAAUGUUAUUUCCAAGCAUAGGAGGUUAUAUGUUAAAACUGUUCUAACAUAUCCUCUAUAUAUAUAUUCCUGGGCUUAUCUCCAUGAAAAUACCACGAAUUCAGAGUUCCCACCAACCAACCUGCAACCCUGAAACGAUUUUAGCCAAUCAAGUGGGCCUUGACAAACUGUCAUGACAUUUGAAAGCACUUGUCAAUAUAUUCCGAAGGCACUUGGAAAAUCAUACUCCCUUUAACGAUGGCGAAGAAAACUACUUACAAAAUGCCCGAGCCAAGUUGCGCUUGGACCAAAGCUGAAACAAACCACUCACAAACUCUUUGCCUUUCAAUCUUUGCAAAAAUGGCAACUCACUGUACGCCAGGUCGUGGAGUUGGCAUUUUUGCAACGUGGGUGCCUGAGUCGGAGGAGACCGUCCCGCUGGAAAGGAACCCGAAGGCGAGUACCGAGAAUAUAAAGAAGAAGAUGGCGCAGCCGGAGCAGACCGACCAGCCGGGGACGAGUUCGAAGGUGAGCACGCAGGCGCCGAAGCUCUUGGCCAAGGAGGCCAGCCAGGAGCCGGGUUCGAGCAAGGGACCAAUGCAGCCCACCUGGCGCGAUGAUCAGGUGGGCCUGAAGGCCGAUCUGAAGACCACGGGCGCUGAGCAGGACAAACCGAAGAUCAGAGCAGGGCCAUCAAAACCGGUGGCGCCUCCUGUCACUCCGACGACUUCCGGAGCUGGUCCUUCACAAAGGACUCCCUCGACGGCUAAGAAGCCACGUCUCAAUGCAAAGGCAUCCAAACCCGUGGUGCCUCCGGUCACCCCAACCACUUCUGCUGCUGCUCCUCCACAAAGGACUCCCUCGACCGCUAGGAAGCCACGUAGCACAGCAAAGUCAUCCAAACCCGUGGCACCUCCUGCCACUCCAACCACUUCCGGAGCCGAUUCUUCACAACGCACUCCCACGGUCGUCAAGAAGCCCCGUACCAGAAUUGUCCAGCAAAAGUAGACUAUGAACGAAACUUGUUGAUAUUAUUAUUAAGAUGAUAUAUUAUGAUAUUUUUCCGAUUUAAUAAAUAUCACUAGCUAUUUAUUAGCUAAUCGAAAGUCAGUUGUGUCAUCUUAUGGUUGUUGCUAAGGAAUUAUACAUAGGUAUAACUGAUUCUUGAAUAUAUGGGGAAAAAGAAUUACCAAGAAUGAUAGACUAUGAAGGAAACCCUCUUAUUCUAUAUUUAAAGUGUGAUAUUUUCCCGAUUUAAUAAAUAUCUCUAGCUACUUGUAUUUUACUUGUUACGAAGGAAUUAUACAUUGGUACAUACAUACGAAUAACUAAAUAUUAAUAUUAUUAAUAUUAAAUAUACAUAUGUAGAAACAUUUUAGCUUUUAGGGCGGAAAGGGUUUCAGAUUUUGGUUAAACAUACAUAUAUUUUUAGCGGUUUUUCAAUCGUAGCUUAGCAAAAUCAAAUCAUUAAGUAACAAUCCUCAACAGUGAUUACCUUUAAUUGCGCUAUGCCAGUCAAAACACUGCUAACGAUUCCCAUCACUUUCCGGGAAAUUCAUUUUUUGACCAAUUUUCGGCAUUUACAUAUGUAAGGCGUUAGUUACAUCACGUUUUAUACGAAAAAAUGGCAAAAAUUAAAAAUGGUCAAGUUUUUAUGCCAAUAGAUUGGAAAUUGGACAACGAGGUAUUUCCCUUGUUAAUAUUUUCUCAUUUCGUUAAUAUUUUUCUUAGAAAUAACAAAAGCAUUGCAUUUUUUUAAAAUUAAAAUUAAUCGUGGUUCUAGGCAUAUAUUUUCUAAAUUGUCAUCGAUGGUAAAGUAAAUAACUAAAAAAUAAAUGGCUACCUUUGAAAAUGGAACUACUGAUUGGGAAUAAGGUAACCAGCUAUUUAGGUUCCUGAAUAUUUAAAAUUACUUAAGCAUGAGUUUUUAAUUUAGCAGGUGUUAGGUCCCAAGCCGAUUUCAAAUGCCCUCGAGAGUGAGCGCCAAAGAAAGUGCCUAAACAAUAACCAGCCAAAAGUAGGAAGUCCACACCUGAAGUAUGUUAAGAAACACCAAAGAUAUAAUUUUUUUUAGCUUUUUUCCGAUUAUUCCUAUGGGAGCUAUAAGAUAUAGUUGCCCGAUCCGGCUGGUUCCGACUUAUAU